ACCUCUGGCCGAUAUAAUUUGAAAUUGGUGUAACCACCGCACCUUUCUUGCUAAGAUAUUACCUCUGGCCGAUUAUAGUCCAGGGUUUCGAAUUCCAAUCUCAUUAAUCUCGUACUGCUGGUUACUCACGACGAAGUUUAAGUUAUUUCUGUAGCCAAGAAUGGAACACUCAAAUGAUGAAAGUAGAAAAGAGAGUGUUACAGAUUUGAAAGAUCAUUGCAGCAUCGUCUUUCCUAUACCAUCACAAGACACUGGAUUGACAAAGAACCAACAACGUUUAGGAACAAGUUUUGCAUCUCCAACACCAGAGAAAACGGCUGAGACACUGUCCCGUACUGUUAAGCUCAAAAAGAAUAUUUCUGAACUUCCCGAGAAUUUCAGGUCCUUGUCUGAGUUUUUUGAUCGCAUGGUGUGUUCGAUGAGAUUGCUUAGUCUACGUAAAAUGUCACCUACUUUUAAACACAUUUCCAGUCAAGUGGAAGUCCUAACAGGAAGAAAGUUUCUCUAUGCCAAUAUCUUUUGGGACUAAGGCUUGAAUCUUGUUGUUGUACCAGAAAGUUUCUCUAUGGGCACCUUGCAAAAAUAAUGUACAUAGUUCCUGAAGUGGUUCAUAUUGAUAAAUCACUUGUGCAUGACGAGAAGACAUGUUGCAUGAAGCCUGAUAUUAAAGUUACAUUGCAUCUUGAUGCUUUGGAAGACCACCAUGAACAGUCAAUAUUUAUCCAUGUCACCAAUGUUUUCCAAGCCAAGCUCAUUGACUUAUUUGCUAAACACUCGGAGGGCACUGACAUUCCGGAAGCUGUACUGCCAGACCCAUUUAAUGGACGCACUCUCACUGUGCAACCAGAUUCAAUGCUAGUCACUACUAUGUCAUCGCCCCCGUUGGAAGAAAUUGAACAAUUGGAGUCAUCAUCCCAUCUCGCACCAUCUUUUAGUUCACACUUCUCUCUCAAGACUGUUGUUCCGGAAGAAAAGAAAUCCGAACUUUUAACCACUUCUAUUUCUUCAUUUAUUGAUGAUAAUGCUGAGACGACUCUUAAAACUGAAAGUGAAAGUUUAGGUACUCUCAAAAGCUCCACAGUUAAGGACUCUGUCCAACAGCUUUCUGCUGGUAGCUCCAAAGUGUGUGAAGGCAGCACUCCGGUAAAGCUUUGCUUAGAAAGUGCAAGUGAUAAGUUAUGUGUUGAAACACCCGCACAGUCCGCUCCACAGAGAUCAGCAUCUGCUAUUACUGCGAAAAGAUCACUUAUGGAUGAUUUGGAAUGGUCUGAAACUGCUAAAUCUUUCUUCCCUGAAAAAGGCGAAAUCAAGGGUCGUACAUUUCCCCGUGGCAAUGUCAUAGCAAGUGAAGAAGCAUAUCCAUCCCGGGAGCCCGAGGAAAGUAAUUUGCUUUCUGGCAAAGAUGUGGAAUGCUUACCUCUGCCACAGCAAAGAUACGUUGAUUUGCCCAAACUUGUGCGCUUAAUUCACAACAUUUUUGAGUUGGUUGGCCGUUGUUCAAUGACUAAAGAAGAACUCUUUCACAAGAUCAUAAUGGUUGACUGUGACAUAGAUGAAACCAGUGACAUUGAAAGACAGAUAGCUCUUCUUGAGAAACUUGUUCCAGAUUGGAUUUGCAAGAAGGGUGAGCCUAGUGGAGGCUUUUUGUACAGUAUCAAGAGUGUCUCAGACUUGGAUUCUGUUUGUGGAAGGCUGAGCAGCUCAUAACAACACUUCGUCUCAAGGUUGUCAGUUUGUCACUAACAAAACAAUGCACGCAUGCCGCAUGUGCUAAAAAUUAAAUGCAUUGUUCUACUAUAUAUAUGUGUGUGCAAUUUUAUCAUAUAUGCAUACAUACUACAUAUACAAAUUUCUGGUUAGGACAAAUGACUGUUAGAUUGCGUCAGAGAUUCAAACUUUUUCUCUUUAGUAUGAAGUACAUAUUUCCACAAUUAAAUACGGAGUAUCAUUUUAACAAAGAUAGUCAUGAUCGUUUGUGAAGUUGAAUCGUUGCGAUAAUGUCAACGGUUGACAUGAUAAAGGGACUUCUCUAUGCUCAGAAAAAUCGGAAUCCUUGAAAUUAGAAGUCUACAGGCCAGUUCUUGUUUGGGGCCAGCUGCUUCUUGUUCACGGACUGCAACCUGUAAUAUUGGUCUGAACUUUGAUCGGUCCCAGUCCGGUUCCGGUCCCGGACUUGGUCACGAAAGCUUGAAUAGUUUUCCCGGACUUGAAAACUAGAAUCUGGAAUGACGUGUCACACUAUCACUUAUUGUUUUGGAGGAAAUGGAAUUAGACAUCUUGUUUAUGGUACUGCCGUGCUGGUGGCCAGAUUGGGUCAAACGGUUCGAAUUGUCCUGUGAGACCCGGCCAGUUCUAAUAGGGACUGAUUGACUGAAUAUGUGUAAUUGUGCAUGUUGUUGUAGUGUGAGAGAGGUUUUGUGAAAAUCCUUCCAAUAAUUACAACAUUUAUUAAAUAAAACUUUAAAUCUUU